AUCUGACAGAUUCAAACACCGACACCGCUCUGUGCGGACGCGCGGUGUUUUUACGCGUGUGUGUGUGACAGCGUGAACAGGGGGAUGAGAGGAAGAAAAGAGGGAUGAGAGGAGAGGCGGAGAGCGGAAUAAAAGACAGAGAGAGACAGAGGAGGACCGGAGAGCGAGGCCACUUCCCCUAUGGACCGGGCACCGUUCAGACUCCAGCGACCCUGAUGUGGACGCGGCUGUAGAGGUCCAGCCUGCAGGUCCAGAGGUUUCCCCAGGGGGAAGGCUGUGAGGCUGCCGGAGGAGGACCAGAGGCCAGGGGGUCCAGGGAUCCAAGAUGAUGACGUCACACGGAAAGCUGAGGAGGGAGAAGGGGAGUCUGGCUGAGUACGAGUCGCAGAUGAAAGACCUGCGGGCCCAGCUGACGGACCAGAUAAAGAUUCUAGACUCCCAGGUGGAGGUGAAGCAGCAGCAGCUGUCCGACCUGUCGGAGUUCCUGCGCCGCCGGGGCGACAUCGAGGCCGAGUACGCCCGCGCCCUCGACAAGCUGACCGAGAGGUUCACGCACAAGACUAAAAAGAAGGAGCAGUGGGGUCAGUCGGUCAGCCAGGUCUGGUCCGUGCUGCUGACCCAGACCCGGCUGGAGAGCCGGGAACACGCCGCCCUGGGCGACACCUGCUGCAACACGCUGACGCAGAGGCUGGUGUACAGCACGGAGGACACGCACCGGCUGCACAAGCGGAGCAAAGAAAUUGGAAUCCAGAUGCAGGAUGAGUUGCUGAAAGUCACCACUGAGCUGCAAACGGCCUUGAAGGUGUACAACCAGUACCACACGGACUGCCUGAUCGCCGAGGGGAAGCUGAAGGAGGCCGAGCGGCUGGAGGAGCGGCAGACCGGCAAGUCGGCCGACCUCGUCCUCGGCCUCGGCCAGUCCAUCGGCCAGAAGAGAAGCUCCGUCAAGAAGAUGGAGCGACUGAUGGAGAAGAGGCACGGCAGGGUGCAGGAGACCCAGCUGAAAUGUACGAAGGCUCGCAACGACUACCUGCUGAAUCUGGCGGCGUCCAACGCAGCCAUGAACAAGUACUACCUGCAGGACGUCAGCACCCUCAUCGACUGCUGUGACCUGGGCUUCCACCUGUCGCUGGAGAGGGUGAUGAAGUGCUACCUGAGCAGCCGCUGGCGCAUCCAGAAGACGGAGGAGACGGGCCUGAAGCAGCUGGAGUCCGCCGUCACGUCCCUGGACCAGAGCGGAGACCGGGACGCCCUGCUGCAGCAGCACGACGCCGCCUUCUGCCUCCCGUUCAGGUUCAACUACCACCCUCACGAGGGCGACCAGGUGUGCGAGGUGAGUGCGGAGAGCCAGGUGAGGUAUGAGCUGGAGACCAGGUUCCAACAGCUUCAGUCUCGAAUGGCAGCUGUCACCUUGGAAACGGAGGAGGUCAGUAAAACGCUGAAAGCCACGCUCGCGGGCCUCCUGGACACUAUCUGCGACAGCGACUGUAACCCCUCCCCCGACAUAUCCAGCAGCCUAUCACACGAGGCCCUGGGCACAAGCUCCGCCCCCAAACUCACACUUGCCAAACGUCGAGCCAAUCAGCAGGAGACAGAGACCUACUACUUCACAAAAGUGAAGGAGUUCCUCACCAGCAGCUCUCUGGCCUCCAAACUUCAAGCCAAACACGAUCUUCUGCAAGAUGCCAUACAGAAAGCCGAGGCCGUCGACAGUGACCCCUCCAGAAUGCAAUGCGCUCGGUCAGUGCGCGUUCGGAAGUCCAGACCCAUUUCCCAAUUCUGCCACAAACUCUUCACCUCAGACAUGCUCUCCUACAUUCAGAGCUCCGGGCAGCAGAUUCCUGUGGUGGUCGAGAGCUGCAUCCGCUUCAUCAACCUUCACGGUCUUCACCAUGAAGGGAUUUUCAGAGUUCCCGGCUCGCAGAGGGAAGUCAACGUCAUCAGAGACUCAUUUGAGAGAGGAGAGGAUCCGCUGUCGGACAGCGAGUGUGAUCUGGACUCCGUGGCCGGCGUGUUGAAGCUUUACUUCAGGGGCCUGGAGCCGCCCCUGUUCCCCUACGACAGCUACUCCCCGCUGCUGGAGUGUGUCCAAAUCGAGGGGGAAACGGAAAAAGCUGUCCAGAUUAAGGAGACGGUGUCCACCUUCCCGCGGCCGCUCCUCAUCGUGAUGCGCUACCUCUUCGCUUUCCUCAACCACGUGUCUCAGUACAGCGACGAGAACAUGAUGCAACCCUACAACUUGGCCGUCUGCUUCGGCCCGAGCCUCCUGAGGGGGCUGGACUCCGAUGAUGCUGUUGCUAGGCAACCGCAGGUUAACGACCUCGUCAAGACCCUGAUCCUCCAGCAUGACGUCAUCUUCCCCGGCCAAUCGGAGCUGCCGGGACCCAUCUAUGAGAAGCACAUGACUCUGGAGCAGGAGUACUGUGAACCAAUCACAGAGGAGGGAGACGGAGAGGCGGAGCAUUUGCCCAGCGAGGACGAGUGGGAGGCGAUUGCUAUGUUCGACUACGUGGCCAGAUCUCCUGCAGAACUUUCCUUCAAGCAGGGAGACUCUCUCAUGCUCCACAGCAAGGCCUCUUCUGAUUGGUGGAGAGGUGAAGUGGGAGGAGUUAAAGGUCUUAUACCUCACAAGUACAUCAGCGUGCUGGAAGGGUCAGAGCGAGGGAAAAGAGAAGAAGGAGGAGGAGGAGGAGGAGGAGGAGGAGGAGGAGGAGGAGGAGGAGGAGGAGGAGGAGGCAGCACUGGAAACCUGGCAGCAGAAGAUCCACACUCAGAAAACCCAACUCGGAUGCGGGUGAACAGCGAUAGCGCUUCGUUGCCAGGGAGACAGAGAGGAAGUGAGGGGAGCCCGAGUAGAAAGCCACAAACUUCCCCCGCCACACGACACGUACCAGUUUCUCAGGAGCGAAGACACACCUUGGAUAAUCUGAGACUGGUCAGCGGCCGGCCGUCGGACAAACCCGCGUUUGUUCAGCCGGAGAGAGCACCGGUCGAUAAGGAGAUGAUCAGCCGCCAGAUGAACUCCGUCUUCAAGGAGCUCCUGUCCCGCCAGCCCCCGCUUCAAUCCUCCACCUUCGCCGCCCCGGCCGCCCCUCCUCCGGCCUCGUCUUCGUCCUCCUCCUCAUCCGCCGCCCCUCUCCAACAAACUGCCCCCUCGGCCAAAAAAGGAGGGUUCGGUCUCCGAGGCCGAGCUCUUUUCAGACCGGUGGACUGAGAGCCGGACGGAGGAGAGCCGGGAGGAGGAGAGGGGGAUUGCUGAUUCGUUGUCUGACAAUGAUGAUUAUUAUGCUGAUGCCGUCGAGGCGACUGGUGAAAAUCUUGAUUUAUUUUUAUUUUUGACACCUGUAAAAUAAUUGCGUCUGCCAUCUCAUAGUGCCACUAGUCUCGGUGCCGUGUAACUGUCUGUCAAGUGUGUCUGUUUUCCAGCCGGUUUUGAUCUUUUUUUUUUUCUUUUUUUCUUUUUUUUGCGGUCUGUUUAGUCUCCGAGUUAUUACAACUUUUGGAGAAUCGGGGAUGUGACUUCAGCAGAGAUAUCAGCACUUUUAAAAGUGGUCGGUAUGGUUCUGAACCUGUACAUCAUCGGAAACGCAAUGCUUACGCUGCCCCCUAGUGGCAGGUCUGAGAUCAGCUCCCACUGGCGUUUGCUUUAUUCUAGAAACAAAACUGAUCUGGGGCCUGUGUUUAGGAGUGCCUUCACGUGUGUCCCUCUUAGCAUUUACCGGAGUUCUCUCGACAAGACAAGAUUUAAACCCGUUUAAACUUGUCCUAUUAAAUAAAAGAAAUAAAAUGUGAACCAGUAGGAUGUGUAUGGACUUAAAAGUGUUCAGUGUUUUAAGAUAAACUCAAAUUUUCAUGGUACACAACUUCAUUAUUCUUCAUUUCUAAAUAACGGCUGACAUUGUGAGCAGCACCUUCAUCUCGUCCUAACUUUUGUAUCAUGAAGGUUGUUUUUGGUGACUUCAAAUAGAAUUGUGUCUAUAGUAAAAAAAACAAAACAACACACAAUUCUACCUAUCAAGUUCAUCACAAAAGGUGUUUUGCAGUUCUCGUUUGAUUUUAAGUGCUCUAUUCGCCUAUGUUAAUUAGUUUCUUCUUAAUUCACAAAAUGCACAAAAUUAACCAAAUAAACCAAAGAAAUCUUAGCGUUUAAAGAACCACACUAUCAUUGGACAGUAAGGAGUGUCAUCUUUUAUUAGGGAUUACAACAACGUCACUAAAGAACACAUAGCAAUUGAAAGAUCCUCGUGUUCAUUUGUCUGGUGCACCAUAAGAAAACCAGUGAAAUAGAAACAAAGUUAAUACAAGCUUUUAUUAUAUCAUGCACAAUGUUUUCUGGCCGGAGGUUCACUUUUCUCAAACCACAUAGGCUGGAGAGAAAUGCACAUAGUGGUCGAUCCAGUCGUAUUUAUACUAAAAAUCCCUCCAGACGAGUCAAAAUAGUUUAGUAUCCGUACAAAAACUGUAGAGGUGGCUUGUUUGUGCAGGUAUCUCUGCCUCCGGUCGCCACCUCCUUGUCAGACGUCCGUACGAGUCAAAUCCUGAUAUCGCACAAACUACUAUCAAUAGACGUUGUGGCCUCUGCUUCCGUAGAACUGGACCAGAACAGGUAAGCGAUGAACGGAUGGAGGUAUUUGUUCAGUACUCUUUAUACACUUCCUUUGUACACUUAAGAGAGUUAACUUCGCUUCAGUGUGUCUCUACGGACCCUGUCCACGCUAUCACUGACAUGUUAUCACAUCUUUGAGUGUUGUUAGAGGCUAAAAGUAGCAAUUAAGGUAGAACAAUUGCUUCAAGUAUUAACGUUUACUUUCAUUUUGCUUAAAACGCUCAUUUUAUUUAGGUAGUUUUGGUCCCUAAUGAAAUAUAGCACUCCUUACCGUGUAAUAAUAGCAUUAGAUUUGUUUUAACUGUAGAAUGGCACUUAAAACUAAUAACUUUUAAUGUUU